CUUCCAAUAGUGUUUGAUUACUCAAAUAAGGUUUACAACGAGCCUAAGUGAUUUGAGUUUCAAAUAACUUCUCCCAAUCUAGAAAUCUUCCAAGUAUCUUCCAUUGAUGUCUGUGCUACAAGCCUAAAACUAUAUCUGUCGCCACACCUUUCCUGUAUUUCUCUGUCAUUGUGUUUUCAUGUGUUAUUAUUUUCUUUGUUUGCUUUGCUUCAUCACUCCUGCUCAUUUGUAAGUUGGCUUCCAGUGGACAAACCUGUCUGCCCAUGUACAAAGCUCUUCCUGGAUUAGAGAAAGGAGCCCUCCGGGGAGCUGCCCAAGAGUGGCUGUCCCUGACAGACUGGUGUCUACCAGCAAAUCCACUGGCUCCAACACCAUCAUCUUUCCUUGACAACUUCUUGGCUGAACUAGAGAAGUUUAGUGCUUUAACCCUACCAUCUGACCAGGCCAAACCGAACAUCCUAAACCAGACCAUUCUUGAAAUUAAGGAGGAGCCCUCUCCCCUCCCCCUCUCACUACCUCUAGCAUCUGUACCAGCCGGAUCACCUCGCUGUCUAUUACCUUCUCCUCACUCAAGUACCACCUCCUCUGGGGCCAAGACUGACAAUAUGGUGUCUCUUCGGGAUCAUGGAAAGGACACUCCAAGCAAAUUUUCAGAUUUGAAUAAAAAGGGAAGGGGCUUUUCAGACCCUACCAAGAUCCUUGAAGUCCUAGGUGAUAAAUUUGUGGCCUCUGCAUGCACCAAUGUGGGUGCCUUGCCUAUAACUCUUCCUGUCAUUGGAGAGGAAGAUGAGGAACUCUGUGAGGGGCUUACCUACCAAAAAUGGCUGCCAAGAUCUCGAGAGCAAGAUGUCAUGUGUUAUGACCACAACAGUACAGAGGUGACACCACAACUGCACAUCCAGGAAGAAGAGGAGGAGGAGAGCCCUACCUGCUUAACAUAUUCAUUAGGCAUUCCCACACAUGCUAGGAGCCCCGAGGAAGACAUCAAUGCAGCCCAAACCAGUAAUGAGCCACCCUCACUUACCUCGGGAGAUCGAACUUCUACACCGUUUCCCAGCUGUCUGUCUGCCUCCCCUCCGUCUCAUGCUCCUCUGGCCUCUGUCUCUGACCUGACCUGUGAGCUUUCUCAGCCCACCCAGCCCUCCUCACCUCCUCUCCUCCCCAAAUACCCUUAUCAACAGGAGAUGAGUACACCAAAAUCAAAGGCUGAUUUAAAGAGCAAGACAUUUGCCCUGGGUAAGCCGCCUCGUAGCCCAGCGAUGUCUAAGAGGUCCUGCAACUCACCUGUCAGCGGUUCGCACAGGGUAGGAUCAGGGACCCCCUACCUACUGUCGUCAUCCUGGCCUCCCUGGCUCUUCCUUAGGUGACUUUGCUGUGAGGCUGAGGAGUCCCUUGAGAUGAAAUGAUCCUUAGCUGAGGAGCUAUGAAAUCAGAUCCAAAUGGGUUGUGUACUUCCCUCUUGUACGUGACAAGUUUCUCAAAUCCAGAAUGGUACUACCCAAUGCCUCACCACCCAAAUAACAGUGCAGUGCGUACUGUUUUCUAACAGCCAUCUCCCUUCCAUAGUCAAUAGCUGUUCUCCAGUCACAGUAUUUAGGGGCGAGAACUAAACUGUGGCCAGUCGCAUUCGCUCCAGAGUCUCUCGGUUUCUCUGGGUUUAUUUUAAACUGUGAGCCAUUUCAAAACAUUCUGCCGCUUAGGAGGUUUCUCUCCACGCUGCUCCCUGGAGUCUGCGUACUCCCAAUUCCCUCAGAGCCUUGAGGUCAGUUGCUUGUCCUCUGACUAUUC